ACACUUGAGCUGUCGCUGUUUGGCUGUGGACGUGUGACGAAGAAGAGAGACGGCUUCAGUGCGCUGCUGCCUCUCAGCGUACAGAUGCAGAAAGAAAGCUGAUUCAGUUGGACAAACCAGUUCUUUUUCUUUCUCCGACGAGUUAUUUUGAGGAGUAGCUAUAUUUAGUCUGGCCGUUUUUCCAGAACCCAUAAAGAAAACAAAGAGAAAGAGAAGGACGCUUGAGACUUGUUUGGCCAAACAAUUCCUCGGGUCGGCUCAUCAUCUCUGCUUCUUCAUUUUGUGGGACAUUUUUCUGCACUCGUCGGAAACAUGAGCUUUCUUUUUGGAAACCGUUCAUCUAAAACAUUCAAGCCCAAGAAGAAUAUCCCGGAGGGCUCUCAUCAGUACGAGCUGUUGAAACAUGCCGAGGCCACGCUGGGAAGUGGAAACCUGCGCAUGGCGGUCAUGCUGCCCGAUGGUGAAGACUUGAAUGAGUGGGUUGCAGUGAACACUGUGGAUUUCUUCAACCAGAUCAACAUGCUGUACGGCACCAUCACAGACUUUUGCACUGAGGAAAAGUGCCCCAUCAUGUCUGCUGGUCCCAAGUAUGAGUACCACUGGGCUGAUGGAACCAACAUCAAGAAGCCAAUCAAAUGCUCCGCCCCUAAAUAUAUCGACUACCUGAUGACCUGGGUGCAAGACCAACUUGACGAUGAGACGCUUUUCCCUUCAAAGAUUGGCGUCCCAUUCAAGAAGAACUUCUUGAAUGUGGCGAAGACCAUCCUGAAGCGCCUGUUCAGAGUCUAUGCUCACAUCUACCACCAGCACUUUGACUCGGUCAUGCAGCUGCAGGAGGAGGCCCACCUCAACACGUCGUUCAAACACUUCAUCUUCUUUGUUCAGGAGUUCAACCUCAUCGACAGAAAAGAGCUGGUCCCGCUCCAGGAGCUGAUUGAGAAACUGACAACCAAAGACAGAUAAACAGCAUCGCCACCUUUCUUUUUAUUGUUCCUCUAGUUUUUGCACAGAUACCCACCACACACCCUGGCUGUAUGUAUGCAGUAUAUAGUAUAUUUCCGUUUGGGGAAAUGAUCUUAAGGCCAGGAGGAAGGAAGGGUUUGGAUAGUUUAAGGCAACAGUACUAAUUUUAUCAGGGAUUAUAGGAUGAAUUGACAAACCAUAGAUUAUGAGUAGAGAAAAAUGGGUUUAGUUGUAUUGAAACAAUCCCUACAUGGAGAAUUCUUUUUACACUAAUACUUUCUUAGGUUGCACAGAUUUUGUUUUUAUUUGGAUUUUCAGCAGCUCUUUUUCAAGUGGUCAAACACAAGGGAAUAAAUCACUAAACGCUGCUAAUGAAGCAGUUUAAGCCAUUUCGGUAGUUAUUUUGCUCUAUUUGACUUGGAUUUUAUCAUUUUGUUUGCUCACACCUGUCAAUACAAGAACCCUAAGUGCCUAGCAUUGGCUCAUAAUUGCCCUAUAUCAGAAGAUGAAGGCCAUACAUGACUCACUGCAUCACCCCGUCACAUUUCAGAUUCACACUGGGGCAAGGACCGCCCGGCCGUACACUACACUUUUCUGUUUGCCACAUCUUUAUUUAGUCCACAAGUCUCUGCUGAUAUACAGAGGGUGUAGAAGUUGAGAUGGACAUGAAUAAACUCUUCGUCAUGUUCUCCUGUGUGCUCCUCUCCCCCUUCAUAGACUUUAGAUCCAAAACUGUACAUACAUUUCCUCCGAUAGAUUAAAGUUUGAGCUCCCUGCUUGGAAAUAAAAUUCUAGAUUUGGGAUGUCGCUGCUUCCCUCUCAAAGCCAUUAAGCACUUUGAAGAAGUUUCCUGACCUCUGACUGAAUGUCUCCUCUGCAUACAUAGACUGUCCUUUGUGAGAAGCUGCAUCAUGUGACCCAUCGUCGUUCUCCCUCUCGUUUCUCCAAAUGAAUGUUGAAGAACUGAACCUCUGAAACAGCUAGAAGGCACAAGUGUGGUUUUUCUUCAUGCUUCUGUAAGGUUUGACUUCGCCGAGCUGCAGACGCACGCUCCCCUCCCCACGUCAAAGUGUAGUUUACUAUGCAAUAAUUGACACUAAAGGCGUUUACGGUCGGCUCUUUGAUACUUCACGGCUAAUAGAACUUUCUUGGCAGUGCUUGAAUUGGGUGUGUGACUAAAAUAGAAGAACUUUGCUGUUAGCUUUAGUUUAAAAACCAGUUUUAUACCUGAAAUUUGUGAGAAAGAAGUACCAGUGGAUGCACCUGUGUAAAUACUGAGGAUUCGACCUGUGUUGAAAGAGUUUCAGCAAGCAUGGACGGGUCGAUUUUGAUUAAAUGAGUCUUUUUAGAGGCUGCUUCUUUAUCCAUAUUUAGAUUUUUUUUGUUUGUUUGUUUGUUUUACUUAUUAUCUUGAAUUUCUGUUUACUUGCCUAACUAUUAUGAAUGUUACUGGUCACCAGAUUGAUGACAAUGUCAGAGAAGCUGUAAUGAAAAUGCCCUGAAGAACGCAGCAUACCGACAGUUUUUCCCUUCAAUGUCAUGAUUGAUCAAAUGUUUGUACAUAUUGGCUUUGUAGGGGUUUUCAGUCAAACCAAUUGAUUUAUGCUGUUUACAAAGCAAAUAAAGGUGAUCUUGACUCUUUAUCAGAAAUAUAUCAAAA